GUUACCUGUUGGGUUGUUCUAGCCAUUUUCUUCCCAACUCUUGCAGUUACCCCUUAGAGGGAAGCCGCAGACCUGAAGCCUUUUCCGGGGGGAAAUAAAGAGGUGAGGGGGGGUGGGCAGGGACGGCGGAGGGCUAGCACAUUCCGGAGGAGGGGCUGAGUUAGGUGCACCGGUCCAUGGGGGCGGGGCCCAGAUUGUGAGAAAGGGCAAGGACAGAGGAGGUCUUUAUUUGCUCGUUUUCAAGACUAAACUCACAGCCCUUUAUCUGCAGACCCCUUGGCGCGCUUGGUGUGAGGCACCCUCUCGGCCUCGGAAAGAGAGAAGAGCGGAGGUGACUCUUUGGCCGGUCUAGGCUUCCUCUCGUCUGUGUUUUCCCCUAAACCGUAGAGCCGAAUGGCUUCCGUGGUCUGGGGGAGUGGCCCCUGGUGGGGCCCGCCACCCCCAGCCCCAGCCCGCCCGCUCACCGACAUCGAUUUCUGCUCCGGAGCGCAGCUCCAGGAACUGACCCAGCUGAUCCAGGAGCUGGGAGUGCAGGAGAGCUGGAGAGACGGGCCCAAGACCAGCCCAGACCUCCUGCGGGCCAAGGACUUUGUCUUUGCUCUGCUGGGUCUGGUGCACCGCCGAGACCCCCGUUUUCCGCCCCAGGCGGAGCUCUUGCUGCUCCGUGGCGGGAUCCGCGAGGGCUCUGUGGAUCUGGGGCCUGCGCCCCUGGGCCCCUAUGCCCGGGGGCCUCACUACGACGCCGGCUUCACACUGCUGGUGCCGGUGUUUUCUCUGGAGGGCGCUGGGCAGGAGCUGCACCUGGACAUGGAAUCCUCUUCUGCCUGGCUCCGCCUCCCAGAGCUGAUGCGCGGAACCCCGGUGCGAAAGGCCUGGCAGGACUGCCUGGGACCCCGAGUCCCAGGAGGACGUGAACCGCUGCACCGAGCCGAAAGCGAACACGGUCCCAGGGAUCCCCAAAGCCCCGGGGACCGCCCGCCCCGUGACGUCACCGAGCCUGGCCUGCACGUGUCUUUGGAAAAAUCGCCUAGUGACCGUCCGGGGCCCGAGUCGCCUGGGCCGGAUGCAGCUGACCUUGGCGUCCCCGCAUCCGCGAACAAACCGAACGGUGACGUCACUGAAGCGGCCGCGGACCGCCCGACCGCCCCGCCGUCGGAGGCCCCGGGGGCGUGGCCCACGCUGUGCCCCGCCAAGGUGGCGGCGUGGUUCUUCGCCGCGCUGGCCGAGGUCGCCGGGUCCCUGGUCCCGGUCCCCGGCGCCCCGCUCUUGGUCCACGCGGCCCGCCACGCGGGGUUCACCACCAUCCUCCUGGCUACCCCGGGGCCCCCACGCCGCCUGCUGCUUUUCGACCUGAUCCCCGUGGUGUCCGUGAACGGCUGGCCCGAGGGAGCCCGGAGCCACUCGUGGGCCGGCCCGCUGGCCUCCGAGGCGCCCUCCUUCUACCUGGUGCCGGGCGGGGGCGCGGAGCGGCCGGGCGCUUCCGCCUGGCAGCUGUGCUUCGCCCGCCAGGAGCUGGCGCUCAAGGCGCUCGUCCCCGCUCCGCUGCUGCAGGCGCACGCGGCGGCCCAGGCGCUGCUGCGCCCCCUGGUGGCCGGGACCCGCGCCGCGGCGCCCUACCUCCUGCGGACGCUGCUCUACUGGGCGUGCGAGCGGCUGCCCGCGCUGUACCUGGCGCGGCCGGAGAACGCGGGCGCCUGCUGCCUGGGGCUGCUGGACCAGCUGAGCCGCGCGCUCGAGGCCGGGACUCUCCCCCACUAUUUCCUGAGCGGCCGGAAGCUCUGGGCCGGCGACCGCGCGGCGGCGCUGCUGGCGGCGCUGGCCCGGCUCCGUGCGGACCCUGCCCGCGCCCUGGGCGCCACCGUGGAGGAGGCCAAGACCGCGCGCAAGGGGGGCGGCUUGGCCGGGGUGGGAGGCGGGGCCCACGAAGGACUCCUACCAGCAUGGAAAGCCCCGCACGUGGGAGACACUUAGCACCCUGGACCCAAAAUUCCGUUCUAGAAGGCAUCCCUGCGGUUCCUUGCCGUCAUUCCACUCGCCUCGCGCUCCAUUCCGGGGAAAGGUCUGUCCAGUCUGGCUUCUCGGCUCUCCCACAUCUGUGGCCAGCAUCCCUCGUGCCCUAAUACAGCCUGGCAACUAUCUCCCCCCAGUUCUCACGGUCUUUGGGGAGUCUAUAGGAAGGUGGGAGGCAGGAGGGGGGCGGUAUAUUUCCUGACAACACACGGAAAGGAGAGCAGUUGGAGAUGACAGACUAAUUUGUUUCACACAAAGGCAAUCAUAUUAAGGAGGCCGGAUUUCGCCCCAGGCUAGAUCUCAGCUCCUUGCCCCCCCCCCCCCCAACAUCUUCAGUUAUUACCCCACUUUCCUCAUUCAGUUCUGUCCUCCCACCCUGGGCCUUGGGGUUCCUUCACUCUCUGGGUAUUCACCCUUCCAUUGAUCUUAAGCCCAAUCUUCCUCCCCACCCCCUCCCACCCCCCUUCCAGGGUUCCAUUCCGUGGAGUCACCUUGGUUCCUCCUCCUCUGAACCCCGAGGUAUGCGGCCUUGCCUCGGCUCCCCCUGCCUCUAAGACCAUCCCACUCCCUGCCUCUAAGGAACCCCAGGGUUCCUUCGGCCCCACUGAACUCCCCUCUCCCGGCGUCCCCGCCCCCUGCCCCGCCCCCAGGCCGGCUCCCGGAGAAGCGGGAGCUGCGGUUGCCGCGGCCGCCGGAGCUUCCUGCUGUCGCCGCCGCCACUGCCACCUCCACCGCCGCCGCACUGGGUCCCGCCGCCAGGCCCGGUGCUCCGAUUUCACCGGACCAGGCGCUCUGCGAGGCACCUUCACUCUUUGGGGGGCUCAGGGCGCCCGGCCAGGCGUGGAGGGAAGCUCCGUUUGCGGGGGACAGGGAGGGAGGAGCCUGGAGCCGGAGCCGGCACCAUUCGUCGCGAGAUCUACAAGACAGGACAGGUCGAGGGGCGUCAGGGGAAAGGGGGGUUCUCUGGGCAGUCCCAGGGAGGAGGAGGAGGAAGCCCUGUGGCAGGGAUGCGCUCGGGUUUGUAGGGGACCUGUUCACAUUUGGGAACUGGUGACAUGAGGGCACUCCUCUCUCUGGGGGCUGGUUGGGUUGGUGGGCGUGAGGUCUAAACAGCCCCCGCUGUUCCUGAGGAAGUUAAGAGGCGGUCAGAGGAAAA